AUGACUGCUCUCACGGACAAGGGGAGUCUUGCUACACUCACAUUAUUAAUUACCAGAAACUUAAACACAGAGGUGAUCAGCAGGGAUCCAAUAGUACUUGUUCUUCAUGAGUUUAUUUCGAAGCAGAAUAUUGAUGAAUUUCUUGCUGAAACUAGAGAAAUGGAGAUGGAAAUGGAAACGGUGGUAGACUAUAACAAUGAAGUGAGCUAUGACAACGCAAGACAAGCAAAUGGAACGUGGAUUGCGAACGAGGAGACCAUUGCAGCAUCGAAAGUCUUCCGAAGGGCAAAGUCAAUGAUGCCUUUCAUCAAUUUUGACCCUGGCGAUUAUUGGCAGAUUCUCUCGUAUCGAAAUGCCGGACAUUUUGCACCCCAUUAUGACUAUAUCAUCCCGAAAGCGGAUGAGGAUUAUGAGUUCAACCUCGUUGGACGCCGGUUUGCAACGUUUCUACUGCUCCUUCAGAAAGCUGAAAGCGGAGGAGUAAUUUUGGUUAAUUUUUUACAGGAACGGUCUUUCCCACUAUUGGAGACAACAGUGAUACCCUCACCUGGAGACGUAAUUUUUUGGAUCAAUGUAGAUGUCAACGAAGAAGAUGCACGCGAAAGCUUACAUGGUGGAUGUCCAGUAUGGGAAGGAGAGAAGGUAGCAGCAGUAAAAUGGAUUUUGGUUGAAGACCAGGAACUAUUUCAGUCUGCAUCCGAAGAUGGAAGAUUUGAUAUCGAAAAAUUGAUUUAUCCUGCGACGAAUUAUUUCCAUAAGAGAUCAAUGUAUGGGAAAUGUGUAGCAAGGUGA